GGUGCGAAUAGACACAGCGAAUCUAAAAUGGGUAAAGACAAAAAAACUCGGAAAGUAGUGAUGCAGAGAUUUGCACAGAUGAAAAAAAUGAUUAGUUUAAGUGAUCCAAGAAUUAAGGAAGAAAAACGUGCACCCCCAAAGAAGUCUAAGCCCGAGGAUCCGCAUGUGUUAAAACUCAACAAUGUGCCACAACAAUCUUCAGCUCUGUUCUUUCAGUAUAACGAACAAUUAGGUCCACCUUACCACAUUAUUGUGGAUACUAACUUUGUUAACUUCUCAGUGAAAAACAAACUAGAUAUUAUAGAAAACAUGAGGCAUUGUCUUUAUGCACAUUGUAUACCAUACGUUACAGACUGUGUCAUGGGAGAAAUGGAAAAACUGGGGAAAAAAUACAGAAUAGCUCUAAAAGUUAUCAAAGAUCCAAGGUUUGAAAGAAUACCUUGCAUGCAUAAAGGCACAUAUGCUGAUGAUUGCAUAGUCAACAGGGUAACUCAGCACAAGUGUUACAUCGUGGCGACGAACGAUAAGGAUCUUAAGCGCCGUAUCCGAAAGAUACCCGGAGUGCCCAUAAUGUAUGUGUCGCAGCAUCGUUACACCAUUGAACGCAUGCCUGAUGCCUAUGGAGCGCCAAAAACUUAAUCAAAAAUACCCGAGUAGAGGAGAAAUGAUUCAGCUGGCUUUUCGUCUUUUUCUGCGUCUUCCUACAAUUUACUAACAGAUGGUAUUGAUGAAUUUUUACAUGCAUUAAAAAAAAAAAAAAUA